CUACACGACAGCAUCCACAACGCAGGGCCUCCCGCGACCCGCCCUCCCCUCACCGUCCGCGAACGUCCUCCGCGAUGAUAUCUACUCCCAGGCCGCCUUCCGUCCACUCUAGCAACACCGAUGGUGACCCCUUCACCGCCUUCCUCAGGCCGCCCGCUUCCGAAACCGAACAUGAACGUGUAGCCAGGCUGCAGAGGGAGGCCGAGGCCAAGCGUAUCAACGACAGCAUUGAUGAGGAAAUCAAGGCAGACAGAGAGCGUUUGCGCAAGAGCAAGCAGGACAUUCGCUUGCUCCUACUCGGCCAGGCCGAAUCGGGCAAGUCCACCCUUCAGAAGCAGUUCCAGCUGCUCUACACCCCUGGCUCGCUUGACGCAGAGCGGCUAUCUUGGCGAACUGUAAUCUACUUCAACAUCGCCCGCCCGAUUCGCCGUAUCGUUGAAGCCCUCGAAUCAACCCCCGACAACGACAAUGAUGAGGACGAAUUUGCAGAGUUCACCCCGUCGGAUCUGUUGCCUGCCAACCUUGCUCCUGUGGCCGCCUCCGACGAGAAGUCUCUUUCCCCCUCUGCGUCGAGCCUAGAGAAACAGGUCGCCGUCCUGCGCGCGCGCCUAUCGCCUCUCUUGGCUGCUGAAUCACAACUGGCAGAUCGUCUCUCCGGUGGUGUUAAUGUCUCUGGCUCCGGCAGGGGUAGCGUGUUUGUUCGCACUGGAUGGCAGUCACGGAGCAAGGGCCUCCCAUUCGGCAGGGGGCGCGAACGAGCCACCAGCGGCGGUCGCUUCAGCUUCUCUGGCAAUCGUGGUUCCACAGAGGACCGGGACAACGGAUUGGAGCUCCAGGCACGGCGGGCCGAUUCCGAGGAAGAUAAGCUCAUUCUCGAGAUCGCGUCGAUUUUGUAUGCGUCCCAGGCGGACAUCAGGGAGCUGUGGGAGAUGCCUGCCGUGAAGCGCUUGCGCGAGCGCAGACGUCUCAAACUUGAAGAAUGGGCGGACUAUUUCUUGGACAAUCUCGUCAGGGUGUCAAGCCCAGGAUACGUUCCCACGACAGAGGAUAUCCUGCAUGCACGCAUCCAGACGAUGGGUGUCGCCGAGCACAUCUUCGAUAUGUCCGUGCAUGGUCGAACGGUACGGUGGCAUUUGUACGAUGUUGGCGGCGCUCGCGGUCAACGGCAUUCCUGGAUCCCCUACUUCGAUGAUGCCAACGCGAUCAUCUUCUUAGCGCCUGUCAGCGCUUUCGACCAGUACUUGGACGAGGACCCGAGAACGAACCGAGUAGAUGACUCGCUUCAGUUGUUCAAGCAGAUCUGCUCGAACGUCUUACUCAAGAGGGCGCAUUUGGUUCUCUUCUUGAACAAGACUGAUCUUCUAAAAGCGAAGCUGGCGGCUGGCGUGAAAGUCAAUAAGUACAUCACAUCCUAUGGCGAUCGCGCGAAUGAGUACGACGCGGUGGUGGCGUACUUUAAGGCCCACUUUGCUCAGGUUCACCGUCGGAACAACGAGAGCAACCGGGUGCUAUUCACUCACCUGACUAGCGUUGUGGAUACGAAGGCGAUGCAGAGCAUCAUCACCGACGUUCGCGAUUCAAUAUUCCGUGGAUACCUUAAAUCCGCCGCUCUCGUCUAGGCUCUCGCCCUUAAUGCCUCGUCCACGAUAACCUUAUUAUCCUCUCAUGUCCCACAUCAUCCUUCCGCACACACGGGCUUCCGACUACUGUACCAGCACUUUCGUUUGCGGCUUUGUCUCACGCUGUCUAUACGUUCUUUCUUUCCCUCCAUCCCCCCUGAGCUUCUGUAGUCAUCCCAGACCACUCCCCAUUGUAAGCUACUGUCGUUUGUCCUCUACCACCACAUCAGCUCCUCGUCCGUACUGUUUGAUUGGCCCCCUUUCCCCUCUCCUACUCCAUGUCGUGUAUACUACUCUGGUAGACGAGCCUCCCCC